CUGGGUUUUACCUGUUCUUCCACACGGACUGUUUGCAGAGAGGCAGUCAGAGCUGAAGAGGGAACAGCUGAGACUUUUCAGCUCAGCUUUGCAGGCAGCCUCUCUCUUCAAUAUCAUGGGGGAAAGCUGGCAACAUGGAAAAAACUUCUUCCUUCUCCUUCUCCUGUCUGUCCUUCUCAGGACCACUGAAGCUGCUCCUGAGCCCAAACUGCGAUAUGUGGCGCUGGUACCCAGCACAAUCCACAUGGAGACCCCUGAGAACGUCUGCAUCCAGAUAAAAAAUUUGAAGGGAACAGUCAACUUCACUCUUGUGCUGGAACCCGCGAUCAAGGAUUUGAUCCUGAGGCAACUGACGAUAACAGAGGAAGAUGAAGAUUUUAUUCCAGAUUUUCUUCAUUGUCGUACUUUCCAGGUUCCCAGGGAGAGCAAUAUUUCUGUCCCAUCGGAAGUUCUUCUCGAGUUCCGUGGAAAUGACUUGAUUCACAGUUUCCAGAUCCGCAAAAAAGUGCGGAUUGAGAAACCAAAGAAUCUGCUUUUCAUCCAGAUGGACAAACCCUUCUACAGAACGGGACAACAAGUUCAGUUUCGCAUCGUUUCUAUGGAUAAAAAGUUCCAUCCCAUGAAGAAGAAGUUUCCAGUUGUGUACAUCCAGGAUCCCCAAAACAACCAGGUGUUCCAAUGGAGAGAUGUGGAGAUUCCGUUGGGCAUAAUCCAGCUUUCCUAUUCUCUGUCUUCUGAUUCCCUCUUGGGCACCUACAAAGUGGUGGUAGAGGAAGACUCCACGAAAGUUGCAGAACACAGCUUUGAUGUGGACGAAUAUGUUAUGCCCAAAUUUGAGGUUUUGAUAAAUGCCCCGAAGCUCAUCACGGUAACGACUGAGGAAAUACCAAUCAGAGUGUGUGGCAGGUAUACCAAUGGGAAACCUGUGCCUGGCACAGUGCGAAUGAGGGUUUGCCGGAAUCGUGAUACUAAUGAAAAUCUCUGUGAAGAAUUUGAAGACGAGGCAGAUGGAAAUGGCUGUUUCUCCAAGACGGUGAACAUGGAGCCAUUCCACCUGAGGUGGCGCGGCUUUUUGAUGAACAUCGCCGUAGAAGGCAAAGUCACAGAGAAAGGGACAGGAGUGGAGAUGAACGCUACAGAAUACAUUGGGAUCACGUCCACGUUGAGCAAAAUUAUCUUUGAAAACCGAGACCGUUACUAUAGACUCGGCAUUCCCUAUGUCGUGAAGGUGAAGCUGGUAGACAUCAACGACGUACCAAUCAACAAUGGAACGGUGGAGAUUUUUAUACUGACAAAUCACCAGUGGCUGAAGCAAGUGACGGACGCUCAGGGGAGAGCUGAAUUCUCCAUAGAAACCAAUGAUUUCACAAGCGGCGAUUUUUAUUUUACGGCUUCAUAUCAAGAGAAACCUUGGUGUAAUAGUGAGCACUGGAUUACACCCAGUCACGGUAGAGCAAGUCACACAGUGUACAUACUUUAUUCUCCAAGCAAAAGUUACCUAAAUAUCAAGCCUGCCUCAAAGACGCUCCGCUGCCGCCACUUGGAGCACAUUCGGGUGCAAUACAGCCUUAACCUAGGUGAUGAGAAGGAGGAUGAGAUUGUCUUCUAUUACAUGAUGAAGUCUAAUGAGAACAUCGUAGGAACAGGGAGACACAGGCAACGAGUGGAACAGGGAAAAGAAACCAAAGGGGAGUUCGUUUUGACACACUGGAUUUUUGUCGAAAAUGCUGUCAACACCCAGUGGCUCAUCUACACCAUUUUGCCCAGCGGAGAACUCAUUGCUGACUCGAGAGACUUCACCGUAGAAAAGUGCUUCCCUGAUGGGGCAAAACUGUGGUUCUCUGAUCAAGAAGGUAUGCCUGGAGGGGAAACCCAACUCCAUAUUUCACGCCUGUAUGAUUACAUCUGUGCCAUCCAUGCCGUUGAUGAGAAUGUCUAUCUCUUGAAACCUGACGCUGAGUUCUCCCCUGAGAAGUUUUACAGCCUCUUUCCCAAGAAGGAUCACACCUUCUCUGUUGACCGCUUUAUGGAUGCAUUCAAUCUUCAUCCCUGUCCUACAGAAAAACCAUUGAGGGGUGAAAGAAUUGGCCACCCAGUGCAUUUUCUCCCUGAAGAUGGGGAUGCUUACAAGAUAUUCAGGGAAUUCGGCUUGAACAUUUUUACCAACACCAGGCUACGCAUCCCGGGAUACUGCUCCGACCGUGAUUUGCCAAUGGAGUGGGAGUUUGAUGCUUUCACAAAACCUGGAAAGCCUCUUUUUGUUCAGAGUGUCUCUCCCCCGAGAAUUGACCCCUUGCGAAUCCCUGCACUUCCUCCUGUUAUUGUUAUCACUAGUGAUGAGGAUGAGUCUGCUCCUAAAAGGACACCUCGGCGCUUCCUUCCUGAACCGUGGAUAUGGGAAGUCGUUACUGUAAGAUUUCAAGAAAAAAGACAUUCUCAAGGCCAUAGUUCUAGAAGAAAGAGGCAACUAGUUGAAGCAACCUAUGAAACUGCUCUUCCUGUGACCAUCCCGGACACCAUCACCAAAUGGAAAGCCGGAGCUUUCUGCUUAUCAGAAAGGAGCAGCUUCGAAUUGGUCAACCCCACUUUUCUGAAGGUCUCCCAGCCACCCAGCAAUUCAGAAUAACAGAGUUGGAAGAGACCUUGGAGGUCUUCUAGGCCAACCCCCUGUUCUGUCCUCACUACACGUUAGUCUGUCUGCAGCUUGACAUGCAGCUAAACCCACUUAUCCUCCAAUAAAACAGACCGUGUGCAUA